AAUGAGAACUAGCAGACUCAUCAAAUCCUCAACUGACAUAUGUCAGCUGCAGAAUCUGACUUAAAUUUCUAGCCAAGCAUUGUCAGUUUUACCACACGGAAAAAUUGUCUAUAGUCAUCUUGAAUCACUGUAUGCAGAAACAUAUCUAUCGAUGAGUCACUAUACCUGAUGCUUUGAAGAUAUGGAUUUCCCAAGAAGAAACGACUUGCAAGAAUAUGCAAAGUAGUGUAAGAUCUGAGAAAAAGAACAUUUUUUCAGACUUCGUGUACCAAACGAAUCAUAAACUAAGAUCGGCGUUUACUUCAGGGUCCUCCCUUGCCCUGGCCAAUUCUGAACCUAACAGACAUGCUCAGAAAUUCACUAGUUUUGAUACGUCCACGCAAACCCCUAAGCCUGAAGGAAAAUGCAGAACUAUCAUAAGUAAGGAUGCUAACGUUCAAACGAACUUUAAAUCAAGCACAAGCAUCAAUUUGGGCAGCCCCAGAAAGUACUUUAUAUUUAAGGAAAGACAUACUCAAACAAGUGGGACGGACAUCACAGUUAGGCAAGCUGGUAAAAGAUGUGAUCGAAUUGACAGAUUGUCGCCUGACAGUUUGAGUCCCAGAUCGAUAUACUCCCCCAGAAAGCGAUCAAUUCCCGAACGGAAAAAAGUUUCAACAUCAGCAUCAGGCUUAUCUUUAGCAGAAAUGGAUCAAAUAGCCUUUAACAGAAAACAAACAAUUUCCAAUUGCUUACGGAGGACAAUUCAACCCAAUGAUUUCAAAGGUGGAAAUCUCCUGACCAAAACUUACUUGGAGAAGAAGAAUUUGAGCGGGCAGUAUAUGCCGCAAGUGAAAUCAUUCGACAGCACUCUGAGACCCAAGCAACGACACAAAAGGGCAUUAAAAAGCCAAUCUUUUGUCGAACCGCCUAGUUAUAUUGAGAGAGGAUGCCAUGCCAAUAGAUUCAGAGUUAAAAGUGUCAUAAUGAAUGAACCUCCAGAGGACCACAGGCAUCCUGUCAGGUACUAUUGUCAGAUGCCUAUAAAUCUGUCACCGCAUAGAAAUUCAGAAGAUAAUUUUGAAGACACUACACCUGUUCAGGAUACCAGAAGCUAUUCAUUUAUGUCACCCACCUUGUCUAGCGUCAAAAAAGAUCAGAGUUUGGAACUUCAGUCUGUUAAGAAUCUGAUAUCACCUAUACGUAAAGGACGAGUUAGCCCACAAGUACGCCUAAAGGUUAAUUCUAGAGCUGAUGUAAGGGUUAGUCCAACGGAUAGCAAAAAGUGUACCCCAAGGAUUACCCCAAAGAAUAGUCCCAAAAUAAGCCCAAAAACCAGCCCUAGAUCAUUAAGGUCAGAAUUUCCCAAAACGAAUUCAAGCGAUAAGCAAGUUCCUUAUAUAGAUAAAAGUGACGCUACUUUAAUCAAAGUCACUGGAAAUAGAGGUGUUCCGAAGAAUUCUAUGGAGUUACAAGUUAUUUCGUCUAACGAGGAGAUGACCGGUGGUUCGACAUUAGAAACAACAACGUCUAGAACGUCUGAAUGUGUGUUAAGUCAAGCGAUUAACAGGUUGAAAAAUAAAGAUUGGAAUCUUGCGUUACGUGGCUUGGCAGAAGUAGUAGAGAUUUGUCGAUUGGUAGAACCCGAUAUCAUUCUACCGCACAUGACUACUAUCAAUCAAAAACUUGUAGAAUUGAUAAAGAGUCCACGAUCCCACGUCUGCAGAACUGCCUGUCAAGCAAUUGGACAUAUGUUUGAGUACGUGAAAGAUACCAGGAGACCGGAAUUCGACGAGAUAGUCGACACGCUACUUGCAAAAACCGCAGAUGCCAACAAGUUUACACGUCAAGAUGCAAAUUUAUCGCUUGACUGCAUGGUGACGCAUAUCUCUACUUUUCAUGCUGUUCGAGCCAUAUGCAACAAGGGACCAGAACACAAGAAUCCUCUAGUUCGUACAGCCUCUGCAAGACUGCUGGUCUGCGCAGUAGUCAUUGCUGGUCCCCUCAAUGUCCUCCAUCCUCAAAACAACGAAUUCACACGCAAAAGAAUUAUUUUGAACAUGGUUAAGUUUAUGGACGACCGUUACCAGGAGAUCAGGAAAUACGGUGAACGACUGUAUAAGCUCCUAUGCAAAGAUAGGAUAUUCGACUUGUAUUUAAAGCGAUACGUAGAGAAAGAAGUAAUUGUGAGGAUAAAGCAGAUUGUAAAAACCAACAACGAAAGAAGAUAACCUCUAAUAUAAUAUUUACUAUAAGUUAGUAUAGCUAUACUUUUUGAAUGUCAAUAUAUAUCACAUCGCUCUUACGCUCUUCCUAUUU